GGGGCGACGGUCACCUGAUCCGCGGCGGCAGUGGAGACCGAGGCAGCGGAGACCGAGGCUAUGAUGGCGGCGACUGCGGCGGCUCGGGUGCCGGCUGGGACGCGGCGGGCCCCGGAGCUCCGGCAGAUGCAGUGGCUGCCGCUGUUGCUGGUAGCGGCGGCGGUGGCAGCGGCGUCGGCGGAACAGCAGGUGCCGCUGGUGCUGUGGUCGAGUGACCGGGACUUGUGGGCUCCUGCCGCCGAAGCUCAUGAGGGCCACAUCACCAACGACAUACAGCUCUCCACCUACUUAGACCCCGCCCUGGAGCUGGGCCCCCGCAACGUGCUGCUGUUCCUGCAGGACAAGCUGAGCGUCGAGGACUUCACGGCUUACGGCGGCGUGUUUGGGAAUAAGCAGGACAGUGCCUUUUCUAACCUGGAGAAUGCCCUGGAGCUGGCCCCCUCGUCGCUGGUCCUUCCUGCCGUCGACUGGUACGCUGUCAGCACUCUGACCUCCUACCUGCAGGAGAAGCUCGGGGCCAGCCCCCUGCACGUGGACCUGGCCACACUGCGGGGGCUGAAGCUCAAUGCCAGCCUCCCUGCCUUGCUGCUCAUCCGCCUGCCCUACACGGCCAGCUCGGGUCUGAUGGCGCCGAGGGAAGUCCUCACAGGCAACGAUGAGGUCAUCGGGCAGGUGCUGAGCACGCUCCAAUCUGAAGAUGUCCCUUACACCGCAGCCCUCACGGCGGUUCGCCCUUCCAGGGUGGCCCGCGAUGUAGCCGUGGUGGCCGGGGGGCUGGGUCGCCAGCUGCUGCAGAGACAGUCAGAGUCAGCGGUGAUCCACCCCCCUGUGAGUUACAAUGACACUGCCCCCCGGAUCCUGUUUUGGGCCCAGAACUUCUCCGUGGCAUACAAAGACAAGUGGGCGGACCUGACCUCCGUCACCUUUGGGGUCCAGGGCCUCAACCUGACUGGCUCCUUCUGGAACGACUCUGUUGCUAGGCUGGCGCUGACCUACGAUCACCUCUUUGGUACCACAGUGACAUUCAAAUUCGUGCUAGCCAGCCGCUUCUACCCGGUGUCUGCCCGGCACUGGUUUACCAUGGAGCGCCUCGAAAUCCACAGCAAUGGCUCCGUCGUCUCCUUCAACGCCUCCCAGGUCACGGGGCCCAGCGUCUACUCCUUCCACUGCGAGUUUGUCAGCAGCCUGAGCCAGAAUGGCAACCUCCUUGUGCCACACACACAGCCCUCUCUCUGGCAGAUAGAGCUGCAGGACUUCCAGAUCCAGGCCUUCAACGUGACGGGCGAGCAGUUCUCCUACGCCAGCGACUGCGCUGGCUUCUUCUCCCCAGGCAUCUGGAUGGGGCUGCUCACCUCCCUGUUCAUGCUCUUCAUCUUCACCUACGGCCUGCACAUGGUCCUCAGCCUUAAGACCAUGGACCGCUUCGAUGACCACAAGGGCCCUACCAUCUCUUUGACCCAGAUUGUGUGACCCUGAAUCCAUGGGGGGGUUGAGGCAGAGGGGUUCCAGGUGGUCCUGUCCCCACCUUGAGGCAUGUGGGACCCAAGGGCUUCCCUCCUGCCACCAUAGCAUGAAAUUCAAGCUCCUUCCAGCCUGUCUUGCUCCCUGUUCACCCCGAGGGGCUUCUGUGGGGCUGCUGCCCCAUCUAAGACAAGGUGUACAUAUUAUGCAUAGACAGUAGAUGACACUCGAGAGCGCUGUCCUGAGAGGGCAACGCACCUGCGCUUCAGGGCCCUCUGCCCCUCCGUAUUUAUUCUCAUCUGCACCUGCCUCUUGCUGUUUAUAGUGCUUUUGUGUAGUGAAGCCCCUCCCUCCGGCUCGCUGGGGCUCCCUGUGCCAGUCAGGAAGGGGAGGGUUCCAGAGUUGGGGGGGCUGUAGAAGUACUAGUACCUGUCCUGCCUGGCUGUCCUUAGCGUUUUUUGGUGACGUGCUAACCAUAGCAGUGCACUGGGGUUUAUUCCGUGGCCUGGGAAGGAAGGGACCACCAAGGCAGGUGGGCUGGGGGUGGUCGCUCUGUUUCUGGCAUGUUGCGCGGGGGGUUUCCUUCCUACUACAAUAAAGACGGGUCGCCAUGC